AUGCAGACAGGAGGAACCGGGGAUCAAACCAUCAACGUCGUGGUUAAAGGACGAUCCGCUCAACCCACUGAGCCCAAGAUGUUCAUGGCUUUAUGUGACAGGCUGUGUGCUGUCUCAUCACCUGCUAAACGUCAAUACCAUUUUGUUAAUGACGUGAAGAACAUGACUGAAGCACAAAGUUACUGCAGAGAGAAAUACACAGACCUGGCCACUAUAGACAACAUGGAGGAUGUGAAGAUCCUGAACAACAUGGUGGAUUUAAACAAAAUGGUCAACGCAGAUAACAGCCAUCGAGCCUGGAUAGGGCUGUACGAUGACCUGGACAGCUGGAAAUGGUCACUGUCAGACACAAGUUUCUACAAACACGGAGAGACGGAGUUCAGACGAUGGGGCUCUGGACAACUGGACAACCUGAAAAGUGGACAACACUGCGCGCUAAUGUUUUUUGAUGGAGAAUGGGGUGACAACAAUUGUGAAAACAACUAUACGGCAGUCUGCUUAUAUGUCAGAGGAACUGAGGCCCAGAGCUACUGCAGAGAUCGCUACACAGACCUGGCCAGUGUGAGAAACAUGACAGAUAACCAGAAGGUACAGGAGCUGGUAUCUGCAGGAGAAAGCGUCUGGAUCGGCCUUUUCAGAGACUCCUGGAAGUGGUCGGAUGGAAGUAACUCCUCAUUUAGGUACUGGGGAGCAGGACAGCCUAAUAACGAAGCUGGGAAGGAGGCUUGUGUGGUUGCAGAUUUUAGCAACUCUGGACAAUGGGAAGACUGGCCCUGCGACGUCAGGAGAGCAUUCAUCUGCUACAGUCUGCCUACAACGACAAAGCAAGUGAUAAAACUGAGUCUGCUGAAAGAGAACCCCUCUCUGGAUCUGAAUGACCCUGCUGUGAUGGAGAGCAUCUUGAAGCAGCUCAAACAGAGGCUGAAGGACCAGGGGGUGAAUGACGACAUCAAACUGAGCUGGAAGAAGCAGCCGGAUGGAAAAGUCUUCCACAAGGAGAAGAAGAAGGACAAAAAGGAUGAAACCACUUUGCAUAACAUGGAAAGUGCAGCUAAAUCUCAACAGCUGCACAUCAACAGUCACGGACUGAAAGAGAGGAGCAGAGAAAAGAUGAUGAUGGAAAAAGUUCUUCUCAGCAUCGUCGCUCUGUCAGGGCUGUGUGCUGUCUCAUCACCUGCUAAACGUCAAUACCAUUUUGUUUAUGACGUGAAGAACAUGACUGAAGCACAAAGUUACUGCAGAGAGAAAUACACAGACCUGGCCACUAUAGACAACAUGGAGGAUGUGAAGAUCCUGAACAACAUGGUGGAUUUAAACAAAAUGGUCAACGCAGAUAACAGCCAUGAAGCCUGGAUAGGGCUGUACGAUGACCUGGACAGCUGGAGGUGGUCACUGUCAGACACAAGUUUCUACAAACAAGGAGAAACGGAGUUCAGACGAUGGGGCUCUGGAGAACCGAACAACUGGAUCAGUAGACAAUACUGCGCGCAAAUGUUUAGUUCUGGAGAAUGGGGUGACACCAGUUGUGAAAGUCACUUGAAGGCAGUCUGCUUAUAUGUCAGAGGGCCGAAUGUGACAUUUAUCCUCAUCAACAUCUCCAUGACAUGGACUGAGGCCCAGAGCUACUGCAGAGAUCGCUACACAGACCUGGCCAGUGUGAGAAACAUGACAGAUAACCAGAAGGUGCAGGAGCUGUUAUCUGCAGGAGAAAACGUCUGGAUCGGCCUUUUCAGAGACUCCUGGAAGUGGUCGGAUGGAAGUAACUCCUCAUUUAGGUACUGGGGAGCAGGGGAGCCUAAUAACGAAGCUGGGAAGGAGCCUUGUGUGGUUGCAGAUUUUAGCAACUCUGGACAAUGGGAAGACUGGCCCUGCGACGUCAGGAGAGCAUUCAUCUGCUACAGUCUGCCUACAACGACAAAGCAAGUGAUAAAACUGAGUCUGCUGAAAGAGAACCCCUCUCUGGAUCUGAAUGACCCUGCUGUGAUGGAGAGCAUCUUGAAGCAGCUCAAACAGAGGCUGAAGGACCAAGGGGUGAAUGACGACAUCAAACUGAGCUGGAAGAAGCAGCCGGAUGGAAAAGUCUUCCACAAGGAGAAGAAGAAGGACAAAAAGGAUGAGUUUUAAUGUUGAAUUGCUCUGUCUGUUUUCAUCAGAGAAAAGUGAAUUUCUUUCCUCAAAGUCCUCAUGUAACGGGUCAGAAUAGAGCUGCAAACAAUUAGCUGAUUAAUCAAUUAGUCGCAACUAUUUUGAAAAUCAAUGAAUGCUUUUAGUCAUUUUCCAAAUGCCCAAGUAUUUGCUGCUUCCAGCUUCUCAUAUUUGAAUAUUUGAUGAUUUUCCUUGUCAUAUAUGGUCAUAAACUUAAUGUCGCUGGUCUUUAGACUGUUGGUCGAUUAAAACAAGACAUUUGAAAUAAUAUGCAAUAAAUUAAUGUUAUGCAAUUGUGAAAAUUAAUGAUGUAAUAACAGUAAUGAGUUUGAAUAAUUUCUUCUGUAAUUUCACAAAUUGUU